CAAGAAGAUCUCCCCGACAAGGAACGGUGGCGCGACGGUCUGCGUCUGCCAGGCCAACUCUCUCAAAUCCCAUGGCUAGCAUGCACCAUAGGAGAUGGACGCUCUGGCUUCUCUACUGGAUUGCCCUCCUGGUGUUGCCCGUCAACGCAUGUGUCUUCUAUCCUGAGGACGUCCCUGGUGUCCCGACCAGUCUACUUGUCCUUCCCAACAGUUCGUCCAGCAUUCGCGUUCAAGUGCAACCUCCUAAAGGCAUAAAACCCCUUGGGAGCAAUGGUGACCCAGUUUUGGGCUAUAAAAUCGACGUCGCCGCCCGUGUUCCUGCAGUACAAACGUUUUCCAUCCAGUCGCCCGACGGCCCCAUCACGGGUGGAUCUUAUCGUCUUUCGUACACGAAUGCGCUUGGCACUGCCACAUCUCCUUCCUGCAUCCCAUGGGACGCGUCAAGUGACGUAUUCAGCAUGGCAUUGCAGUCCUUGACGAACAUCGACGGUGUCGCCGUGACUCGAUCCGCGUUUGGCGCCGUGCCUCAGGGCUACGUGUACACCAUAACUUUCAUUGGCGGUGUGUUGACCAACGGCGCCCAGAAUCAACUGGUGUCAGGCAGUGCAGCAACCUGCAUGCCAUUUUUGCCCCUUAAUCGCCGCGUGACUCUCUCCGGCGCCCAAGGAAGCACCACAGGCAACGUCGGCUUCGUACCAGAAGUUUGGCAGCUGACCACAUCCGAGUCAUCGCUCUUGCAAGGCAUUGGCGGAGCGUUUGACCUCUCCGUGGGUUUUGAAGGCACGAUGGUGAGUCUUGGCAAAGUUGUAAACGUCAACGCCGGGGAUAAAUUUGCCACGACGACUGUGGCCAACUCGUUGGUUGGCGUGGUGAGCCGUGGCGAAGUGAUCUCUAUCGCUGGCGAGCGAUUCCGCAUUCACGCUACCGCCCCGUUUACCGACACAGUCGUGCCUCUGGACUCGAAGCACAUUCGAGGUGCGAACAAUGUCCCUGUGUUUGGCAUGGACACAAUCGUGGGCCGCGUGUCUGUGGUUCAAGGCAGUGCAGUUGCCACCACCGGUACCGACUUUACGGCGAUCCUAGCCGUUGGCGAUUCGAUCCAAGUUGCUGGAGUUGACGCUACUGUAAACGCCAUCGCCGCAACUCAAAUCACGUUCGGCGCUGUUGCGGACGCCACGACUUUGUUCAACUGGCCCACAUCCUCCGAUACACACGUAACGCUGUUGAAGCGCAAAAAAGCAACUUUCCAUGCUGACGCCGAACCUGCCGAGAUCGUGGCUGGCCUUGAGGCCCUGCCAGGCGUUGGGUCCGUCCAAGUAACACGCGUCGGUCCAACUGCUCAACGUGGCUACCAGUGGCUUGUGACAUUCAUGUCCCUCGGCCCCACUGCAUGCCCCCAGUCGCCGUGUCUUCGUCUGGAUGCUCGCUUGGUCAACGAGGUCGGCGCGGCAUGCCCGACAUGCAGUGCGUCCAUUGUGCGUGUCAGGGUCGGUGUGCUUCCGGAUUACUCUCGCGUGCUUGCGUCGACGGAGAUUAGCGGAGCAGUCUUGGAAGUUCAGUCGAUUACUGUGACCGCUGCCACUGACGCGAUCGUUCCGCUCGGUGGUUACUUUUACGUCGAUUUUCAAGCAUACUAUCAAUCGCCCGCCUCUCUGGGCGUUCUCAUCAAGUACGACGACACUGCCGACGACAUGACGACCAAGCUGCAAUCCUUGCCUACAAUCGGGAGUGUAAUCGUCUCGCGCAUGGCCAUCCCGAAUGGAUUCAAGUGGUUGGUCACGUUCACUUCGAACAUGGGGGAUCUGCCGCUGUUGAGUGUGAAUGGCGGGUUACUCGUCGGCACGAAUGCCGCCGUGGAUGUGGGUGAAGUCACGAAAGGUGUGGCGCCACAAUUUGAAGCCGUUCUCUCUGGCCUUCCAACCACCACGGCCCUGGUAGUCCGUGCAUUUGCCAAAAAUGCCAAGGGCUACGGGUCUGGCUCCGACACGAUGCAGCAGUAUGGUCGUGGGGCGUCCAGCUUGAUGACAACGUUGUUUGAUGUCCCAGCGGCUCCGACGCUGUCGACGAUAUGGCCCGUGUCGUUUUCGCAAUUGGGGAUUUCCUUUGCCCCCAACGACGCGGCGGGGGGCAAACUAAAGACGUUUCGCUUGGAAGCGACCACGGAUGCCGCAUUCGGGACCCCACAUGUCAUUGCGAUCGACGUGACCAACCCGAUCCCGAACGACACGUACGGCACUUUCCAGUUGACUUAUGGCGGGCGCACGACCCAGUUCCUGCCGGGAGAUGCGUCUGCCUCAGCCGUUCAAACGGCCAUCAACCAUCUGCCAAACCUUCGACCGGUUACAGUGACUCGAUCGCUGUACGUGUUACUUGGAACUGUUGCGAGUCAAGUGACGGCGUAUUCCUCGACGCUGACGACGCUGACGACCACGGCCUUGACACAAGCGCACGUUUUGCUUUUACCCGUGGGUGCGCGUGUGCUCGUGAACCAAGCCGAGUUUACAGUUGCGGUCGCCCCGUCCGUGGGAGGCACGUCCGUCAAAGUCACUCCGCUUGUUGCGGCCACCAACAGCUUUGCUGCGGGGAUGCACUCGAUGCUACGCAUGGAUGUCUCUGGGACAUUGCCUGGCUCGUUUGGGUAUCGCUGGCAAGUCACGUUCACGGACGAACCGUUUGGCAUCGACAUGCUCACGGCCAACAAAUGGGCGAUCACGUCGUCGACGCUAGCCUCGGUGGCUGGUUCAGGCAGCUUGAUUGCUUCCUACGGCAUCACCACCUUGACAUCCCCUGCUAAACCUGCGCAUUACACGCUGCUGGAGCUAAGUGCCGAGCCAUGGUGCGACACGUACGUUGUCGGGAUGUCAUCCCAGACGCAGGUGGUUCAGUUUUUCGCGUCGACAACGAUCACGGGCGGGUCGUUUGCACUUUCACUGGGACAAGAAACCACCGCAUGCAUUGCGUUCGACGCUCCAGCCAGCGGUACCCCUGCGUCUGUAAAGUCGCGCCUUGAAGCGCUCGAUGGUGUCAACACAGUGUCCGUGGAGGAGCAUGUCCGAUUCAAGACGAUGCUCCUUCCCGGCUCGGCGGUAUCGAAAGUAACCACGUACGACAGCGUUGCCGGUCUCCUGACUGUCGUGAGCACGGGCGGCCCUGGUCUCACCCAAGCACAAGCCGACGCUCUGGCUGUCGGGGCGCUUGUCCGAGUUGCCAAGAGUCCAUGGGAUGUCUAUCAAGAUUAUUGUGACUUUUCCGUUGGCGCUGCCGCCGCCUUGAACGACGUGACCAUUUCUGUAACGCUGGUCAACCCCACCACGACCACGUGCGCGUCUUUCAGUGGGGAAGCCCGAACAUUGGCGAUAUUUGACAUGAAGGCCUUUCGAAUCGUGUUCCAUGGCGACCACUCGUCCGGCGAGUGGCCUACGUUGAGGGUGACGACGGCUGGGACUGCGCCGUGCACGGCGUUUGUGCCGUCGGUGCCAGUUCGGCCUCGUGUCCAAACGAUCAAGUAUGAAGGCGCGUGCGCCGAAGGCAGUCCUGAAGUACAAACUGUGAUUGCCGAUGCCGAGUCAGCCAUGGGCGGUACAUUCACGCUAUCGUAUCGAGGACAGGUGACUCCUCCGUUGGGGGUUGCGUCGACGUCGGUAAACGCGAUGCGGUCGGCGAUCCAAGCGCUGAUGCCAGCGUCGACGAAAGUCGAUGUGACCAUGAACCGGCACAACGCAUUCGGACGUGCCUGGCAGAUUACGUUCUCCGCUCCCACCGACGAAGCCAUUGACGUGUUUGUGGUGGACGAUUCGUUUGUGACGGGCGUCAACUCGGAGAUCAACCGCUUCCCAGCGGUCGAGUUCGUGUCCACGUCGCAGGCCGACUCGCUUCGUGGGUCUUUUACGAUUGCCCUCGGCGGCGAAGUGACGGGGGCGAUCGGAUGCGCCGCGACCAUGGGCAAAGUCAUCCAGGCGCUGGAAAGCCUCCAUUCCGUCUAUACAGUGAUGCCUGUUGCCAACGUUGCAACCGAUUCAAACCAAGUUGGCUUUACUCGCCUCGCGCUGACUGUCACGGCCGUGGCUGGGUCGAACGUGCUGACGGCGGUCAAGUACAAAGGCGCGCCCAUCGAUCCGAGUUUGUUUAUUGCAAUUGGCGACUCGAUCUCAGUUGGAGUCGAAGAUCGCGUGGUCGUGGGGGUGUCGGCCGGCGACAUCCAAUUGGAUCAAAACAUGGUGGCGGGGGCCACGAAUGUGAAUGCGUUCGUCGGAAUGCUGUUAACGUCGACGACAUUUGCGGAUGGGGUUGUCUCGACAAUAGCCCCUGCCGCUGUCGUCACUACCGCUACGGUUGGGUCGCCAACCAUUGUCCUGGCGGCUGGUCAUGGAUGGGUCACGAACAGCGUCGUCUCGAUUGGAGGCGCGAGUUAUUCUGUAGCUGCUGUGAACGGCGAUGGUGUGACGGUGACCCUUGCGUCCAACUACGCCGGUCCGGCCGUCGUGGGGUCUGUUCCGGUGGUUCAUGGCUUUCCGAACACUCUCUUGACCUCGUCCGACUUGGGAUUGAUUGCUGGAGACAAAUUUUGGUACACCUGGUCGGAUGGGUCGAACAGCGAGUUUGUGGUCGUGACGUCGACAACGAGGCGACUGACGUUCACAGGGGUGCUCAAGGAAGAGAUUUUUAUGGCCAAGUUGCGGGUCAGUGGCGGCGGAUACCGAUAUCCGAUCGUGUUCAAGGCGAUUUCGACAAGUCUCUCGACGAUCGACGCGAUUCCAAAUCCAGACUGGAGUGGAUAUUCCCCGCGAUUGAAAACAAUACGCCCGCAAAUGGUCCAGCCAUACACGUUCACGCUGGGCAAUCCAUCGCAGAUUCAAACGAUCAAGCUGUCCGCAGCCACUGCAGGUGCGGUGGGAACGGGUGGGACCUACACGCUUUCGUUUCGUGGAGAAACCACAGCCCCUAUUGCGUGGGGUGCCGCCCCUGCAGCGAUCAAGGCAGCGCUCGAACUCCUCACCGUCAUCGACGGCGUGUCUGUGUCCUCUCUGCCCGUGGCCAACGGGUUUGUGCACACGCUGACGUUCUGGGGCACGAAUUACAACAUUCGGUAUCCGCCCAUCCUCACGUCUGCGUUUCAAGUCGGCGCGGGCGGUGAUGCGACGCAGGUUUCGAUUGUCCACAACGUUAUGCAGCCUACGUUCCCAUUCACACCGAGCUGGCCCCAUUACAUGAGUCUCGGUGCUGCGACCCCGUACACCCUUCGAAUCGUCGCGAAGAACGAAGCGGGGUUUGGGGUGUCGAGCGCUGUGACGACCGCGUCGACGUCCAUGACAGCUGUGCUCCCGUCGCCCCCACGUGGCGUCACAUUUGGCAAUUCACACGGCGCCGACUGGCUUGGCGUGACGUAUGCAGCUCCCAAGUACAACGGAGGAGCCUCCAUCAACAUGUAUCGCAUCGAGUGGGACGCAUCCUCCGAAUUUGACAGCACCGGGCCAGAUUUCCAUUACCAGAUAGUCGAGCAAAAGUUUGAAGUGCAGGAGGUGGUUUCGAGCUUUCGCAGCGCGGUGGGACAAGGAGGGACAUUCACGCUGUCGUUUGGAGGGUUCACCACCAACCCGUUGCCGGUCGCAUGCACUGCCGCUCAAAUGACGGCCGAGUUGACGUCCAUCACAGGCAACGUCAAAACGGACGGCACACCGAUUAAAGUCAUGCGCAAUGCCGUGGGAUGGGGCUACUCGUGGAAAAUUACAUUCCUGGCGAACUUGGGCAACCUCGCCCGGCUCGGCGUUGACUACAGCAUGGUCCAGGGCGAUUUUCCGCAAGUAGAGGUGCGGGAAAUCACCCAGGGGGUUCAAGACAUCGUGCCGGGAAGCUUCACGUACGAAGUCCAAGAUAUUUACACGACGUCCGCGUCGCCACUGGCAGGGACGUUUGUGUUGUCCUUUCACGGCGUCUCGACGACACCCAUCUCGGUCACGGCGAGUGCACUGGAAGUACAGCGCGCCCUGGAAGGGUUGACUACGAUUUAUUCGGCCAAGGUGACGAAAACUGUCGUCAGCUCCACGCUCCAUACCGCGGUGUGGUCUGUUACGUUUGCCCAUGUCGAGAGCGACGUUUUGGUGGGAUCUGGCAACAUUUUCCGCAUGAUUGUCGAGUCGACGGCGUUCACGAGCGGGACGUUGGGCCGGGUCGCCGUGGCCGAGAAGGUCAAGGGCACGAACCCAUUUCAAUUCCGCGCGACCGGUCUUGUUACUGGCACCAAGUACUACGUUCGCGUGAUGGCGUACAAUUCGCAAGGGUUUGGUUCGAAUUCGUCGCCGUUCGCAGCAGGAGUCCCUCGGACCCAGCCCGGCCCUCCAUCCAACGUCAUGACGACUGUGCAAGAUAGCACGACCCUCAAUGUCGCAUGGGGUCCGCCGAGCGUGACCGGUGGGGCCGCUAUCGACCAGUACAAAGUCGAAUGGUUUCGAGCGCCUGGCCUCCCUGUCGAGCAAACCAUCACGACGUCGGCAACCCGUGGCAUCCAAGAAGUGCAGCAAGUCACUAGUUUUGCAAGCACGCCGAGUUUGGGCGGGUUCUUCAAGCUCACGUACAAGGGCUACACGACAGCCAACAUUGCGUGGAAUGCAUUGGCGACUGGGGCAGGAUCGGUCAAAGAAAAGCUCGAGCGCAUUCCGUCCCUCGGAACAGUCUAUGUCACUCGAACGACAUCGCUCCGGACGGUUCCAAACCUAUAUGUCAUGCUCGCGACAACGACGACUGCCAUCGCGCAAGCCCCCAUCACGGAUGUUGCGACUUGCUGCGGGUUUGCCGUGGGUAACGCGCUGGUCAUUGCCGGCCAGUCACGCACUAUCACCGCUCUGGCAGCUGGAGGCACCACGAUCACGUUGAAUGCCGAUGCUGCCACCACCACGGUUCCUGUCCAAGUGUUCCGAAGCGCAAACGGGUAUCAAUGGACCAUUACGUUUGGGCCGAUGCAUGUCGGCGACGUACCUCCGCUGGUUGUGAGCCCCAGCGACAAUUGGGGAGGCAGCGCCCCCGGCAUUUACGUUUCGACAGUUCAAGAUGGCAUUGCCCCCAUCGGAGGUUCGUUCCGCCUCACGGUGCCGUUGGCCGUCAAUGGCGUCGUCAUGUCGGAGGAGACGCCGCCGCUUCCGUUUGACAUUUCUGGGGAAGGCAUGAAAGCAGCGCUGGAAUCGCUUUCGACCGUCUCGAUUGUCGACGUCGCUCGCAGCGUUAACGGAUACGGGUUCAACUGGUUCGUCAAGUUUUUGAGUGAGUCGGCCACCGACGUUCAGGUGAUCGUACCAAAUGGCGACGGGUUGACCGGCCCCAGUGUCGCCAUCGCCGCAUCCAUAACUCAACCGGGCACGCCUCCGACACUGUACUGCGAAGCAAAUGGCGUUGCAAGCACUUGCCAUGGCGUGUCGUCUGCUCAAACGUUGUCCGACUUGAUUCCACAGCUAGCGACAGGUGUCCCGUACAUGACCCGUGUCCGUGCGCAUACGAUCGAAGGGUGGGGCCAAGCGUCGUGGGGCCAGCCCCAGUACGAAAUACCCCGUGGCGUGCCGUCCGUCCCUCGGAACGUCCAGCUCAUGAGUCUCUCGAGCACCAUGCUCAAGGUUGUGUGGACGUCGCCGUUGUUGUCAGGCGGGUCGUUGGUGGCAUCGUACCGCAUUGAAUGGGAUACGUCGGCAACGUUUGCCAAUGUUGGGAGCCCCGGGUUCGACUACUUUAACGUUUUCACGGUCCCUGCCGGGAACGUCGGGCCCUACUACUUUAACAUUCCCGUCCGGGUAAGCGGUACUUACUUUGUACGGGUCUUUGCCGUCAAUGACCGAGGCGUGAGUGCUCCCGGUGCAUCGAUUCCGUCAUCUUUGCAGCCCAUCAACAUGCCACCCGGUGCUCCACAGUCGCCCAAACUUGUCGUGCUGAGCUCGACGGGGUAUUUGGUGUCGUGGCAGCCUCCAUCGAACGCCCUGGCUGUGUUUGGUGGGUCCGGAGGGCUGCCCAUCACGCAGUACAUGGUCGAGUGGGACACAUCGGCAACGUUUGACUCGCCCGCGGCGUACGCAAUGGUGUCGGGCGAUCAGUCCGAGUAUGUUAUUGGAGGGCGCAAUGUCCUGACGGGGGUCCAGUCCUCGGUGUUGACUCCCGACGGAGUCUACUUUGUCCGCGUCACGGCAUUCAACGGGCUCGGAGCCAGCCCAACUGCCGCGACGGUGCCGUCGUCCCUUCCGUUGUCGAAUCAAUUGCCAUGGGUGCCGCAAGACCUCCAGCUGACCGACGUGAGCGCAACGUCCGUAUUGGGGGAGUGGACCACACCCAAGUACGAUGGGGGCACGUCGUUGAAGAAAUACACGUUUCAGUACGACCAACAAAGCGACUACAUGAGCGGGUCGAUGCAAUCCGUGGACAUUCCACUCGUCCACGAGAUUCAAAAUGUGUGGCUUGCGACCGACCCGAUCAGUGAGGAGCAAAACAUCGAGGCGACGGUGCAAGUGACGAACGAGCGCCAGACUGUGCGAACUACCGUCGCUGGCGUCGAUGAAGUUCAAGUGAUCACCACGUCUUGCGCGAACGUUGUCGACGAAGUACAAACCGUCACGACGACAGCGACGGACCGAAACGAAGUUCAAACGAUUGUGCUCGAUGGCACGGACGUGAACGAAAUCCAGGCAGUCCGGACGACGCUCGUCAACACGGCCGAAGUCCAAACGGUCACGGUCGGCGUCGUUCGCGUGUUCGAAGUGCAGUCGUUUUCGCUCGGGUUUACAGGCAUUACCACGCCUGCCAGCAUCACAGGAAACCUCAUCCUGGGGUUUGACUCAACCUUGUGUACCUUUUGCGCGGUCAAGAUGGUCCUCCAAACCGUGACGGUCACGACUGCCGUGACGGAUACGAGCGACACAGCCGGCGCCGCGACUUUAGUGACGCUGUUGGGAUCGCUGGCCAACGUUGGAGUUGUCACGGUGACCCGAGCGACCACCGUCGACAACGUGGCCAACACGUUGACGAUGGUGUUCACUGUGACAUUUUCCGGGCUGAAAGCCGCAGGCAACGUGCCGUCGCUAACGUUGCAAAGCACGCUCGGGCCGUUGAUUGCCCUCACGAGCGUCCAAACCGUGGCGACCGAAGACACGGCGGGGAGCCAGCCUAUGUACAACGCUGCGUCCCAGUUCAAGUUGUACUACACAUGCGAGCAGUACUCGGACCCGACGCAAAAGAUCGGCCUCUUUGCCGGAAUUAGCGCGGGAUGUCAACCCACGACCCAACUCUGCGCAACUUGCGCGACCGCGUUUGACGGCACGGACAUCACGGUGAACGUGGAUUUGACUGCGACGGUGGCGGCCGGUGCUGUGCUUCAGAUCGGUCCGUGUGUGUACGGGAUAUCGGGCAGCACCGCGACCAAGCUGACAGUUGACACGACAAACGUGGGGCAGUACUGCUCCCAAUUUUCCGGCAAAGCCCUCCCUGUGUACGUGGCCAAAGUGUAUCCAGCAAUCACCAACUUGGUCAUGCGCCAAGGAUCUGGCAGCGUCGAGUACCCCGAAGACGACACGGUCGUGGCCGGUCAGUUCCUCAACACGCUUGGUAAAUCGGUCACAGUCGUGCGCAACACGGUCGUGACCAGCACGUUUGUUGGGUCGACGUACGAUGUGACGUUUACGAGCCACACUGGCACGAUUCCGCUCUUGACGUGCGAUGUGACGACGAUGGUAAUCUCAAGCGGCACACGAAGUUGUACGGUGGCUCGAACGACGGUCGGGAGCAUGAUCUACGGGACGUUUGUGCUGUCACUGGCGCGGAUGUCGGACGGUGUCGUGUUUCCGACGGCGGCGCUGCCAUUUGACGUGUCAGAGGCGGACAUGACGACGGCACUGCAGGCGGUGGGCACUGCCGCGGAAUGGGUCUUUGGCACAGUCGCCGUGACGAGAAAUGCGUUUCCCAUCACGGGGUCGUCGCGGUGGUAUGGUGGAUACACGUGGCAAAUCACGUUCCUUUCGCGCGGAUGGGACGUCCCGACGAUGACGUUCGACGAUACCCUUCUCUUGAAUGCCCAAGGCGCGACGCCGCUCCCCGUCAUCCUUGUCGAAGACGGGAGCAACUUGCUCACGCCCCCAGCAGGCAGUGUGCAUGGCAACCAGGUUGGAGGGAGUUUUGUUCUUUCGUACAAUGGCGUGCCCGCAGCCGCCCCGUGUGUGAUUGGGACCAACACGGACAUCACGAGCUUGACGACUGGCCCAACAAAUCCCGACACGCAGCUGGAAACGUACCUGAAAACCCAGUUUGGGUUCGCGUCCAUCUCGGUGUUCCGGUCGCUGCCGACACAAGCGCGAGGGUUUACGUGGUUCAUCACGUUCGUGGACAAGGACACUGGUGGUGACGUCGCGCCGCUCGUGAUUGCGUCGCGAGCGCUCACAGGCUCGGGUGCUACCAUCACGAACAACGAAUUAAUCAAAGGAAACCAACUCAGUGGCACGUUCCAACUCCAGUUCAACGGACAAACCACCGGUCCGAUUCUGUUUUCAGCGACGGACGCUGAAGUGGCCGAGCAAAUCAACAGUUUGGAUUCGAUUCGCCCUUCCAAGGUCGUUGUCUCUCGUACCGGGCCGUACGGGCCAUCGACGGGCGUCGCCGAUGCGGCGUCCCAAGUAUUGAGCUACAUGUGGUCGAUCACGUUCCGGUCGUCCGUGUGGAAGGACCCGACCUCUGACCACAGCGUGUUCACCCCUGGCAACUGGAUUGGACCUCCCGCCACGUGGACGGAUGUGUGGGAAACUGGGUAUUCCAAAGCAUGGGGCCGCCAAGUUGGUCCGUUGACGGCCAUGGGGCUUCAAAUGGCAUGCUUGCCGCAAGGAUUGACCAGCACAGCAAACGACGGGAGUGCUACGUGUUCUGUAUCGACGGUCACGCCAGGUGUCGGCCCUCUCAAGGGCACAUUUCGACUCGAACUCAACUCUGGAUCGAACCCUCACAUGAAGCAAGGGAUUGCACAGAGCGUGGCGAUCGCGCACAACGCGUGGGGGACCGCCGUGCAAAGUCGAUCGGGUGGAACGUCCAUGGAGGAAAUCCUCGAAGGCAUGUUGAACAUUGGCAACGUCGCCGUGACGAGAGGCCCCGUGGACGUUUUGACGGGGGGGUAUUCGUGGACGAUUACGUUUUUGAACGAUAAGGAGCCUUGCGUCGAGUACGAUUCAUUGACGGGGCAAUGCAACUCCCCCGGCAACGUGCCCCCACUGACCGUGUUUACAAAUAACUUGGUUGCGACCAACCCGACCAUCUCGAUUUGCGAAGCGUCGACAACGAAUUGCGGUGUCAACGUCGACGGCGUGAUUCUUCGCAGCGACUUUAGCGUGUUCAAAGUUACGGGGGAUCCUGGCGUCGAACAUCGCUAUAUUUUGGACGUGACGUGUGAAGGGGCGACGGGCGGGUCGACUUGUGCGGCUGUCGUCGGCGGGUUUGUGCUGAAUACCCCUGCUGCCGGCUUGGCUACAACGCUCCUGGCAGGGGAUCGGUUCUACCUUGGUGGGUACAGCUCAUGUGUGUUUACGGUGUUGUCGGUGACCACGACGUACGUCGACGUCGUGAACGAAGUGUGCGUCGCUAUGCAAACUGCGCUGACCGGUGGUCCGUUUCCCUUGACGAUGGUCCUUCCUUGGAACGCGCAAGAGAAUCAAGUGCUGCGAGUGGUGCAAGCUGCUUCGAAUGCCGCGAUCGAAACUGGGAUUUGGGCCGUGGGUCGACGAGUUAGUGUCCAAAAGACCGUGCUGGGCAAGUAUGGCGCCGUGUCGUGGCUCAUUCGGUUCAUUUCGAAUCCAGGGAUGACCCCGCCAGGUGCUGGGGACAUCAACGCCAUGGAUGUCCAAUUCCUAACCGCACCGACGUGUGCUUGCACCGUCACCGUCAUGGAAACACAGGCGGGGUCGGCUCCAUUGAGCGGCGACUUUACCGUCGAUUACCACUCGGUGCAUGGCCCCCGUGUCGUGCAUUUUGACUCAACGCAAGAGCGCCUCGAGCGCAUGCUGGACGAAAUGAACACUCUCGGGAUUGUGCGUGUGACGAAAUUCAUGAUUCCAUCGUCGACCACGGGAUGCUCGCAGUCAACUUGUGCUGGUGGAUGGGACAAUCUCCCCGUCGCCAACGACAGAACUCGAGGAGGUUACCGGUGGCGUGUCCGAUUUUUAAAGAACCCGGGGGACUUUUCUGGGUUCACGUUCCCUCCAGGAACAGGCAACAUGAACACGUUGACGGUGACGAUGUCGAGCCUGCAGGGAGCGGCCAAGUCAGUCGAUAUGUAUACAAUCCAGCAAGGAGCAUCCCCUCUGACGGGAUCGUUCACGCUGACCCACAUGGGCACGGCGACUCCACCGAUUGCCUACGCCGCGUCCGCGGCGAUGGUAAUGCAAGCUCUGGAAACACUUCCAGACAUCAGCCAUGUCACGACAACGCAAGAUUUUCUAUCGUUUUAUGCCGUUGCAGGCGCAACGGCGACAAUUGCGCAAGACGCAACGACGGCAACCAUUGCGGGUGUGGAUAUUCGACAAUAUUUUACGCCUGGGGACUUGAUUCGGUUUGGACCUGCGACUGCCAAUGCGUUGGUCGGUAGCAAUGGCGACGUACCUGUGGCCGGUGCACUCGCGUCGUCGCGAGUUCGAGUCGGCGACUUGUCCCCCGUGGUUGUAUCGGACACCCUCUUAACGUCGACUGUGUAUACAGGCCAUCAGCUACGCGUUGGAGGUUCCAUCUACACCGUUGCGCGGACUGGUGUUGAAAUCCAAACAGUCACAACAUCCCUUCCGACUGCUUCGUGGACAGCUCUCAAUCGUGCUGUACCGUUUUUCAAGCUCACGUUACAAUAUCGAAGCAAUACCGCCACAUCCGCGUGCUUGCCGGUCGACAUGACCAACUUGGGGGCGGUCUUGAGUGGACUGGUCACGGCAAUGGAUGCGACUGCACCAGCCAACUCGAUCACCGUCACACAGAGCGCUGUGAAGGUCGACGGUGCAGAUUCCAGUUAUGUGUAUUCGAUCUACUUUGUGGGAUCUGCUGUCUUGGGGGACGUCCCUGCGCUCACAGUAUCGACCACGGGCUGCACAGCUCUGACCGGUGCUACCGCUACUGCUGCAACGAUCGUUCAAGGUGGUCAUGUUGCCCACCAACGAGUGAUGCUGUCGACAGACUCGGGCAACAUUGUCGACAAUGCUGGGUAUUACAAGCUUCAACUUGGCGCAGCGACAACCGCGUGCCUCAAGUGGGGGGACUCGGGCGAUGCGGUCCAGGAUGCACUGAAUGCAGUCCUUUCGGAUUCCGUGGUCGUGGCACGGCAUGGCAGCGGCGCGUCCGUGACGGAAAUUCAACAGCUCGUCCUUACGUCCAACUCUCCCGUCGUCAAUGGCGCGCAGGGCCUGUUUCGACUGGCCUUCACAAACAACGGUGUGACGGCAACAACGGGAUGUUUGGAGUUUGGCUUGUCCGCGUCUGCGCUACAAUCGGCUUUGAAUGGGUUGGCCAAUGUCAUGACCGGCCAUAUUGUCGUGACCAGAACGGGCGAUGGGACGGCCGCGUGGGGGUACGGCUUCAAGUACCAGAUUGCGUUUUCCGGCAAUUUGCGCGUUGGAACUAGCAACGUGUUGGGGAACGUGAACCAACUCGAGAUCUUUUCGGUCGGUACGGGCUCGUGCGCUCCUCUCGUCACUGGUGUCCCUUCCGUUCAAGUCAAAACGGUUCGCGCGGGCUCUCCCGGCUACAGCUACGACAUUUACUUUGUUGGGAAAUCGUUUGGGUAUGUGGCUCCAUUGACGAUCGUGCAAGCAGGAACUUGUACUGCGCUGUGGACCCAAGUCGGAGGUAGCUCGCAGCGAGUUGAGCUUCAAGUCGUAAACACGGGUGGAAGUCCGGAAGUGCAAGAGCUGAUUGUUCAAGACACAACAGCGGCCAUCCCAGGCGCUCCGACGUUCAAAUUGAGUUACAUGGGUGCCACUACGGCCACGUGCAUUGCGUUUAAUGCGGCGGGGUCUGUGAUUCAAACUGCGCUCAAUGGAUUGUCCACCAUCGGUGCAGGUGGCGUGGUGGUAUUCCAAGACUCUCCACCUCUUCGAGCUUCAAAUGGAUUCGUAAAUCGCGUGACAUUUGUUGGCGAUGCCGUUGCUGGAAACGUCGAACCCAUUUCGGUGGUGUUCACCGGAUGCACGGCGUUCCCAACAACAUCGUCCGUGAUUGUCGUGACAGCACGGGAUGGCGGUGGCACUGGCAACAUGAUUGCGUUGACAACCAAGUAUGCUGGCGACCAACUCGGCUCGAUUGUGGCGUAUGCCGUGUCGCAGACGUUCCGCGUCCUGGACGAGAAGUUUCAAGUUGAUCAGAUCAUUGUGUCGAACCCAAACAACGACAUCGCUGCUCCUGGGACGUACACGCUGACGCUGGGAGGAGUCAACACACAAGUGUUGUGGAAUGCGCAAGACACGGAGAUGGAGGUUGCAUUUGGAACAGGGCUCGGCGUCGUCGGCGGCGUCUCCGUCACGCGGAGACCAGACCCGACACUAGCUCCGGGCGGAUUUGUCUAUACGAUCUACUACUUGCAGUCGCUCGGCACGUUGGGCGCGUUGACGCAAACGAAUACGUUCGUCACGGCUACCGUGGAGAUCACCAACAUUCGAGCUGGAUCGGCCACCAACUUUUUUACGCCCACGGUUGUCCCGCUCGCGCUUGCUUCCGACUCGAGCACGUCGGCGACCUUCGUUGGCGUUGGCACUGGUCUGUCCGUGUACAAAGCGAAUGGGUUCCAGUGGUCGAUUGCGUUUGACUCGAACAUUGGCAAUGUACCAGCGCUGGUCGGGGAAUCCUCAGCGGGUUUUCCCGUUCGUGGGUUCGACGACUUCGUCCCUGGUUCUCUCUCCAACAGUGUCACAGUGAACGACUUGACUCCUGGUAUUCCGUACUACAUGCAAGUGUCGGCAACGUCUCCGGUCGGGCAAAGUGUGUUUUCAGCCUCAACCACGAUUAUCCCGAGCAGCGUUGCGACGUCCCCUCGGAAUUUCCUCUCGGGCUACGACCUGUUUGUGAAUGAGAUCCAGGUCGUGAAAUCCGCCGCGCGCCAUGUCCUUGAAGUCCAAACGGUCACAACGGCAGCAGCCGUGAUUUCAGAGGUGCAGUCAUUAACUACCACUGCCGAUCCGUGCACCAACUGCCUCACGGGCAAUCUGGCGUUCCGCCAACCGACCGUCCAAGUCAUCACGAUCUCGGCCAUCGCCCCAAUACUGGGCGGGACAUUUCAGCUGGUGUAUACGGACACCGUCGCGUCCGGUACGGGAACAUUCACGCACACGCAGUACUCGACGGCGGCGUUGAGCUGGAGCUCCACAGCCGAGCAAGUCGCGGACGCCCUCGUUUUGACGACUGCGCUGACGGCGGCGGACAUUGUUGUGACACGGGAAGGAGAUGCCUUGGUUGGGUACAACUACGGGUAUGUGUUUUCCAUUACGUUUGUGGGCAAUGCAGUCGCUGGCGAAGUCCUUCCUCUAAUCAUUCGGGACACGACGACAACUCCAGCGUGCGCGGCAUGCACGGCGUUCACGACAAUGGGUGGGGUUGCGUACACGUUGUCGCACACGCAAAACUUUCGAAGUGCCAUGGGGACUGACACAGCGGUCCAACGUGUGCUUGUGAAAGCAGAUCAAGUGCUGUUCACGGGAGGAUUCCAGCUCGCUCUGACACAUGCUGGGGCAACGCAAACGUCAGCGUGCAUCCCGUUCAAUGUACAGCCGGACGCCCUCGAAUCGAUCUUACAAGCGAUGCCAAACAUUGACAAAGUGUACGUCGAGCGCAUGCAAGAUCUCGACCUCGCUCCGAAUGGGUACAUUUUCGACCUGUUCUUUUAUGGCCACGGAGUAACACGCUAUCACUUGGCUGCGAUGGCGGUGACCAUGGGGUGCACUGCAUUUCAAACACUCCAGAACAACGUCCUCACGACGAAUGGCGUCAACCCUUCCGUGAUAGUCACGUACGUGCAUGAAAACGCAUUUGUGGAUGGCACGGGAUUCCGAUCGACGGCGAGCACACCAGCGCAAUUGCAAGCUGACCUCACGCGGUUGCCGAUGGUCGGGUCCGGGCUGUACGUGUCGAGAUCGCUCCAAGACAGCCGAGGAGGGUAUAAGUGGACUGUUGUGUUUGAUCAGCGAGAUGGGGACGUCCCGUUGUUUAUCUGUGGCACGGACGCCACGUUUCAAGCGGUUGCAGGGUCCAAGUGCUCUGUGGAGUCCAUUAUAGACGGCAACGUCCUGAGCGGGUCGUUUAUGCUCGGUGCGAGUGACCCGAUUCCGUUUGACGCGGACGAAACCACCAUGGCCAACGCACUGCAGGACAUGUCGUGGCUUGGAUCGGUUGCCGUGACGCGGACAGGCCCGACAGGGCAACGAGGCUACACGUGGACGAUUUCGUUUUUGACGUACCAAGGCGCGUUGCCCGUUUUGCUCGCGACAAACCUCCUGAACGGUAUCGGGUCGACCAUUCAAGUCGUGGAGACCGUGCGCGGGAAUGCGUUGGGGGGGACGUUCCAGCUCGGCUUUCGCGGCAAAACGACCACGCCGAUUGCGUUUAAUGCGGCGGCAAUGGCUGUGGGCGACGGGUCGUCCAUGCAAGAGAAGUUGCAGGCGUUGAGCACGAUUGGAGCGCUCAACAUUCACCGCAUCGGACCUGACUUUGAAGGGGGGUUCGAGUGGUGGAUCACGUUCACUGAUGAUGUCAAGACGGGGGGCGACCUACCGCCACUGAUCCCGACCAACGUGCAACUCGAAGCGACAGGGGCCGUUGUCACAGUCCGCGAAGAGCAAAAGGGUUCCAUGGGGUCGGGAAAUCGUCUGUGGGUGUCGUUUGACCCGCCAACAUCCGACAACGGAGACCCAGUCUCCGGGUACGGCAUUGAAUGGGACACGUCCAACACGUUUGUGGCUAGUCCCCAGCGGUAUGUUGUCCAGGACGACCAGCUUUUGUAUUCCCGGCAAAAGAUCAUUUCGACGGCCCCAAGUUUGGCCUGGUCGUCGACGGUGCUGCCUCUAAAGUCGGCCAUUCAAAGCAUUGCCGUGGAUGCUGCAAGUGUGUCAUUCACGCUGUCGUUCCGAGGCGUUGCGACGGCAAAUAUUCUCGUGGGCGUGACGCAGCUCAGCGCGGUGCAAACCAUCUUGAAUGGACUGAGUACGAUCCAAGGUGGGGUGGCGGUGAGCCCGCUCGUCGGUGUUGUCACUGCCGGGACAUCGUUUGCCGUGACGUUCACAGGACAGUUUGGCCCGCAGCCGUUGCUCGUGUCGUCGGAUACAAACAACGCCGUCACCACGGUGCAAGUUGGAGUGACAAACUACCGCAAAGAAGUAUUAGCGUUUUCAUGUGCGGCGACCGUCGGCUCCGUGACAAUCACGGCAAGCACGCUGACCAAGUCAUUUCCAUUUAACACGCUCUUGAGCGAAGUCGCGACUGGGCUCCAAACGUUGCUGGGGGCGCCAGCAGGGAGCGUGACGGUCACGACGGCGUCCCAAGCAUUCCUCUGUGUGGCUGCCGCUGCUCAAGUUGUAACAAUCACAUUCCAUCGUACGUACGGUGCGCUGGGUAGCGGCAUCACCCCUUCUGGGGGACCCGUGAUCACUCCAAGCGAUCUGUCCACUGCCGGCAUCUAUGUCAAUCCGGUCACUGCCAUGAGUGGCACGUUCUUCUUGGCAUUCCAAGGAGCUACAACUCCACCUUUGAACUCGCAGUCGGCAGCGAUGGACCUUCGCAUUGCCCUCGAGACGUUGCCAACGAUUCAAACGGCAUCGGUGUCACGGAGCUUGUCGUUUCAGCCUGUUGCUGGCAAAGUCGACGUCCAACGUGGGCAGCUCUACGUGACCUGUUCGGCCGGCGAAACGUGUAACUUUGCUUCGUUGCGCUACGGAGUUCCUGGUACUGCCGUGAAUAUUGGCGGGACGUGGUACACUGUUGUAAGCGACCUUGUAUCCCCCGACAUGCCCACAACGCAGCUCUACUUGGGCGACUUGAACAACAACCCGAUAGCUUACCAAGGCGAGACUGCGACUGGGGUGACCAUCCACGAAUGGGCCAAAGGGUACAUUUGGACAGUUGACUUGCUGCUGUUGUCCCCGACGGCAACUUUGAGCCUGCUGCGACCACGCCAAGUGAAUCUCACUCCUCUCGAUGGUCAAGUUGUCGUCCAAGGGAAUUCCUGCCGCAAGUGCUACUACAUUCCAGACCAAGCGACCGCCCCCGUCCUGACAAUGGGAGCAACAUAUUUCUUGCAAGCGGAUGCCGUGAACUCGAACGGAAAGAGUCCCCGUACACCUGUCAUCCAAGCCGUGCCUCGACAAAUCCCCGAUGCCCCCAACACUGUCAACGUUGUUGUCGUGUCUGGCACGCAAGUCGAAGUGUUUUUUUCCCCGCCCAACCUCGCGCCUGCCCGCGUCGCGCCGACUUACAAUAACGACAUCACCGCGUAUAUUCUUCAAUGGGACACAGCCACCACGUUCAGGCAUGGGCUGCCUGCUUGCCGGUCGUGCGCCACCGCAUUUACUGGAUCGGUUGUUACUGUCACGGCCGACCUGACUGCACUACUUGCAGUCGGUAAGUCGCUGACCCUCGGCAGCAUGAACUGCGUUCUUACAAUCACAGCUCUCACGGCGACAUCCGUGAGUGUGGCCCCAAACUCGUGCGCUCCGUUUUUGGCUCAGACUUACGACGUGCUGUUCUACAUCUUUCCUCCUGUGGUGCUCACAGGGUUGCCGAUUCAAGGCACCCCCCCGUAUCGCUACCUGAUUCAAUCUCUCUCGAUGUCAACGACAUACUACAUUCGAAUUGCAGCUGUCAACUCGGUGCCCGUGCAAAGGAUUGCUGUGUCCGGCUCCCCGCCCGACAACCGCAAGUGGACAUUCCCCACCUCUGUCACGACCUCCAAUGUCCUUCCGGACCCUCCCAUUUCAGCAUACUUGUACGUGGUGUCAGGAACGUCCCUGGAAGUGCAAAUCCAGCCCGCGCUGCGAGAUGGUCAAGGCCUUGGUGGCGGCGCCAUCACCGCGUACUCCCUGGACGUCGACACUGUGUCGACGUUCAGUUCUCCCGGUCGCACGUACCCUAUCGACGUGCCAAUUGCUUCGUUCGCUCAGCUGUAUCCAGGUGGCCCCUUCACGUACUACAUCACAGGGCUAACCACCGGGAUCCCGUAUUUUGUCCAAGUCAAGGCGAAGACUAGUGUCGGAUACAGUCGAGCCACCAUUGCAACCAACACCUUGGCUCCAACGCAGACGUCGGGCCCGCCGACGCAAGUUGCCGUGAGUACCAUAGCAAAGCUCACGACAGCUCCGAUAUCGACGGCAGUAGUACAAUGGGCGGCGCCCGCCGCCCUGGGCGGACUGCCACUUCGAUAUUAUCAAGUCGAGUGGUGGACAGCUGCAUCGCGUCCCGAAGUCCAAGUGGUCGAGCUCAAGUGGACUGCUGCCCCCACUGCGCUUUCUUUCACGUUGGCAUUUGGAGGGGCGCUCUCUGGGGGCAUUCCGUUCGACGCGACCCCCGCGAACAUGCGAAACGCACUUAUGAAUAUCGGGGGAACGACAACGCCUGCCGUACUUCCGAUUGGAAAUGUUCAAGUCACUCGGACAGCAAUCAAUGUCAACCAAGGGUAUCAGUGGUCCAUCACGUUUGUGUCGGCGCUGCGCAACCAACCCAUGCUGCAACUCUCGAUUGCUUCGUCGACCGGCGGCUCUGGAAUUCAAAGUCGCGUGUUUGAGGCCAUAUCGGGAGUCACAGGAGGGACAACAACGUCUCCGGGUGUGCCCGAGGUCCAGGUGCUGACGUUAACGCAUGCAACACCUACCCAAACCAUCACUGGCUUCUUCCGCGUGUCCUUCAUGGGGUCGGCGUGGUCGACUUUCAUUCCGGCAACGGCAUCCGCCACCUUUGUACAAAAUGUGCUGCAACAACUCUUUUCCGUUGGGCGGGUCACGGUCACGUCGAUCGCGAGUGCUAAUUUUGCUGCCAACACUGUUGCGUGGGCAAUUACGUUUCAUUCGGUAGUCGGCAAUGUUCCAGCUCUGACGGUGGAUGCGACGAAACUUAUGCCGGCGUCGGCAGUCGCCAGAGUGUACGACGGAAACAACGUCGUGCUCCCGACUGGAGCCUGGUGCUCGACGCUGGACUUGGUCUGCCAGACCAUCUACACCUACGUGCGUAUUGGUGAACAAGCGGUUGGGUACGGUUUCUAUACCACAAACGUCCCCAACGUGCUGACGUACACGAUCACGGGGCUCCAGACAGGCACGGCAUAUUAUACGUCCGUGACCGCCUCGAACGCGAUCGGGCUCGGCCCUCGCGCAGCUUCAUAUCCAGCAUCGAUCCUUCCACCGACGCAAGUUCCAUCGCCACCGACCAACGUGCGCGUCGAUGUAAACUAUGGCAUCUCAACGCAAUUGUUGGGGUCGUGGGGGCCACCAGUCAGCGAUGGUGGGUCGCCGAUCCUCAAGUACACGGUGGAGUACGACACGUCGCCCGCGUUUUCGACUCGUGCCAGUCAGGACGUGUGGUGUUCGACUGCCAAUGUCAACGCGGUGUGGCGAAUUACGUUGAGCAAAGUCAAUGCCGGUCAACCAGCAUCGGUCGCGGCGGGGUGGUUCCGGCUGAAGCUGACACGAUCCAACUCGGUCAUGACUACCGACCCUAUUCCGUUCAAUGCGGUCGCGAUGGGCUCGGACGAACUCGGUGCCCAGCCCGCCAUGUCGUUGGUGUACUGCACGAGCUGUCCAACUUGCACCGACACGUGCGACGUGACUCGGCAGGGAUUGUCGGGGUCGAUGCAGUACAAAGUCCAAGCGCUGCAAGACAUUCGCGGCGUCGUCGUCACGCGUUCUGCCCAACGUGCCGACGGAGGGUAUGUGUGGAGCAUCACGUUUCAAGAUGGUGGCGACGACUAUGCUUUCGAACCGAUUGCGACGUUGCAAUCGCUCAACUGUGCCGGCAAUGCCUGUGCCAACACAGACUACCAAGUGGCCGCGGCCAAGGUGACGACUGGAGUGACGUACCCGAGCUGCAUUGGAACGCAGGUCCUUCCCGCGGUCGGGGCGCUCACCAAAGGACAAUUGUACUACGUGCGUGUGUCUGCGUUCAACUCGAUUGGUUUCUCGCUGCCCCAACUCGCCCCGAACCCUCAAAAGCCGAUGGUCGUUCCUGGCUUACCCACAGGCGUGAGUUUGCAAGUCAACUCGGUGUCGUCGCUAAAGGUGGUGUUCAGUCCGCCCAACGACAACGGCGGCGACACCAUUACGGCAUAUCAAGUGACGUGGUCGAUCUAUUCAGAUUUCCGGUCGCCGUCGACGACCCAAGUCACGUUACUCAGUGGUGGCGCGCCGUUCUUUUGUCUCAUUCCUGGCCUCACAAAGGGGCAAUCGUACUUUGUUCAAGUCGCGGCCCAGAAUUCUCAAGGAACAGGACUUGCGGCCGCAUCGUCGCCCGCAUCGUUGAACCCCCACACAUUCCCGAGCGCUCCGACAAACGUCGUGUUGGGUAUUACGUCUCCAAGCAUGCUCACGGUCGCAUGGCAGCCUCCGAGCGACAAUGGAGGGGAUCCGGUCAGUGGUUACAUUGUGGAAUGGGAUACCCUGGCCAGCUACAACAGCUUAAACUUGCCUCCUGACAAGAACAAGGUCGCUGUCACAGACGUCACGCAACGAGCUUACACGAUCUCGCUCUUGACUCAAUUCUCGGCCUAUUACGUCCGCGUGUUUGCCGUGAAUUCUCUCGGGGCUGGCGUUGGGCAAGACGCGGCACCACUUCCGGGAGUCCCUGACUUGGUCCGGCCUGGAAAGCCCGUCACCGUGACUGCUGCUGCCGUCACAACACCCACGACGGGAAUUUACGUGCAGUGGCAGGCCCCGUACAUUCCCGAUCACGGAAUUCCGUGUUUUGGGUCCCUCAGCGCGCCGCUACCGUGCCCCAACAUUCUCGGUGUCAGCGCCGUGUUUGGCGGGGUUCCCUUGACCAACUACGUCGUCGAGUGGUCGCUCUCGACCAACUUUCCUGGCACCAACACGAAAACGUCGCAAGGCAACAACCUGUACUUGCUGGCGUCGGACGGACUCGUCAGCGGACGAACAUAUUUCGUACGGGUCCAAGCGGUCAACCAAAAUGCGCUCGUGAGUGCGUUUUGCCAACGCAUCAACGACAGCCCGUACUUGUGCCCGGACAACCUGCUCCUCUACGAUGGAAGCUACGCGACUGGCGCAUACGUGACUGCGGUCAUGCCAUAGAGACAUUUCGGUAUACAUAUUCAUACAUGCAUGCUGUCUUGCAUGUUGACGCCGCGAGUGGCUCACCCAGUGUCGACGGUGGGCUCGACCACACGCCACCAACGUCGUCGUCUUUGCUUUCGAUGUUUCGAUCUGCCUGCACACGAAAUACGACGCCACUGGAAGUUUCACAGCAGCAGCCUUUCCCGAGUCUCGAAACGUCCACCAGUCGUGCGGAGAUGUCGUUGGG